AUGAAAGGAUUUCGGCAGAGAGUGCACGAGCAGCUCUCGCGGGCAAAGGACUCCAAUAAGUCAUCAAAGAAACGAGAUUCCAAUAACUCAAAUGCCUCGUUGAGCCCUGCCCACAAUGCCCAAUCGUCCAGCCCGAAUCACGUCACGCCUACCUCGUCAACAACGUCGGUGAAUGAUACCCGGAGUACCAAGUCAGAUAACCUAUCCCCAGCUGCCGCCAAUUCAGCCGCCGUUCAACAGAAUGUACAGGCUGGUCAAACUGGCGCAGGACAACAAUUUGUACCUACGGCGCAGACCAUGGCGGGCCAAGCAGGGAAUAUCCCCGGCACACCGACUAGGCAAGGCCAGCAACCCAUUACCCCGAGCGUUGUGAUCAGUCCGAGCGUGCCUCACGUUCCUCCUCCCGGCGCCGCCGAAACCAUGCCUGGCGACCUGGCACCUCCGAAAAAAUCACAUGCCUUCGAUAGGCUCCAUUCGACACCAAAGGACCUGUCGGAGGGUAUCAGGACUCCAAAACGACAACAUUCAUCACGAUUUGAUAUAUCCGACCAGCGCCAGCGCGAAUUGGAGAAACUCCCAGGAUUCCACGAAGUCCCACCAAACCGUCGUCAGGACUUGUUCAUGCAGAAAAUUGAUCAAUGCAAUAUUAUAUUCGAUUUCAAUGAUCCUACUGCAGACAUGAAGUCAAAAGAAAUCAAAAGGCUAGCACUUCAUGAACUUCUUGACUACGUUGCAAAUAAUCGCUCAGUUAUCACUGAACCAAUGUACCCUCGCGUGGUCGAUAUGUUUGCUAAGAAUCUUUUCCGCCCUAUCCCACCACCUGUCACGCCGCAAGGAGAAGCCUUUGAUCCUGAAGAGGACGAGCCCGUCUUGGAAGUGGCCUGGCCCCAUAUCCAGGUGGUUUACGAGUUUUUCCUGCGCUUUAUUGAGAGUCAGGAUUUCAACACCAAUAUUGCAAAGCAGUAUAUUGAUCACCACUUUGUCCUUCAGUUACUCGAACUGUUUGAUUCCGAAGACCCCAGAGAGCGCGAUUUUCUGAAAACAACACUACAUCGUAUAUAUGGAAAAUUCUUGAAUCUGCGAUCCUAUAUCCGACGCUCCAUAAACAACGUUUUCUUCCAAUUCACGUAUGAGACUGAGCGGUUCAAUGGUAUUGCGGAGUUGCUAGAAAUUUUAGGGUCUAUUAUCAACGGAUUUGCCCUUCCGUUGAAAGAAGAGCACAAGCUUUUCUUGACCCGAGUGCUUAUUCCGCUCCAUAAACCUAAGGGCUUAAGCAUGUACCAUCCGCAAUUGGCCUAUUGCAUUGUUCAAUUUUUGGAGAAAGACUCGGCACUCACUGAAGAUGUUGUGCUAGGACUUCUUCGCUACUGGCCAAAAGUGAAUAGUACAAAAGAGGUGAUGUUUUUGAACGAAGUAGAAGAUAUCUUCGAGGUCAUGGAUCCGGCAGAAUUUGCGAAAGUUCAAGAGUCCCUUUUCACCCAGCUGGCAAAAUCAGUUGCCAGUCCUCAUUUCCAGGUCGCGGAACGAGCCUUGUAUUUCUGGAACAAUGAAUACUUCUGCAACUUGGUCAGCGACAAUGUUGAGACCAUUUUGCCUAUAAUGUUUGCCCCAUUGUAUGAAAACUCGAAGGGCCAUUGGAAUAAGACAAUCCAUAGUAUGGUGUAUAACGCUAUGAAAUUGUUCAUGGAUAUCAACCCGCAGCUGUUUGACGACUGUAUGCAAGAGUAUAAAGACCAUCAAAACGGCGCAGAUGAGAGGGAAAAGUCCCGUCGUCGACGAUGGGAUUUGGUGGCAGAACAAGCCGAGAAACAGAAGAAUGGGUCGCCGCCCAUCCAGCAGCCUUCGUUAAUCAGUUCGAACUCUGGCAAAGCGGAAGAAAUCGACCCGAUCACACAAGAUAGCCAGAAGCGAAUGAACGCUCUUAAGCUUGAUGAAACGACUACACCAAAGGAGAGGAGCUCGAAUACGGUUAGUCACACCUGA